UGGUUAUAAAGUCAUAUUCACUUCUUCCACAGAGACCACAGCAAAUGACCAAGCAUGAACUAAAGCUGGUUUUUUGCUCCAAGUGCCAGAAUUGAUUGCAGUAGGACAUUUGUCACUGAGAAAAUGGAACAUAACGGGUCUGCUUCAAAUGCUGAUAAAAUUCACCAAAAUCGUCUUUCGAGUGUUUCUGAAGACGAAGACCAAGAUGCUGCUCUUACCAUUGUGACUGUGCUGGACAAAGUUGCCACCAUCGUGGACAGUGUGCAAGCAAGCCAGAAGAGAAUAGAAGAGAGACAUAGGGAAAUGGAAAAUGCCAUAAAAUCUGUCCAGAUUGACCUGUUGAAACUUUCACAAUCACACGGCAAUACAAGCUAUGUCAUUAACAAGCUGUUUGAGAAAACCCGAAAAGUCAGUGCUCACAUCAGAGAUGUGAAGGCCCGAGUAGAGAAGCAACAAGCUCAUGUGACAAAAGUUGAAACCAAGCAAGAGGAAAUUAUGAAGAAAAACAAAUUCCGCGUUGUAAUAUUCCAGGAGGAGAUUCAGUGUCCGACAUCCCUGUCUGUUGUCAAAGACAGAAACCUCACCGAGAAUCAGGAGGAAGAAGACGAAGCCUUUGAUCCUCCAAUAGAGCUCUCUUCAGAUGAGGAAUAUUACGUUGAAGAAAGCAGAUCUACCAAGUUUAGAAAAUCAGGCAAAGAGCGCAUUGAUCACAUCAAAAAGGCAUUUUCCAAAGAAAACAUGCAGAAGACAAGGCAAAACUUUGACAAGAAAGUGAACAGAAUUAGAACAAGACUAGUGACACCUGAGAGGAGAGAGAGGUUGAGACAGUCAGGAGAGAGGCUUCGGCAGUCAGGAGAGAGGCUGCGGCAGUCAGGGGAAAGAUUUAAGAAAUCUAUUUCUAAUGCUGCUCCCUCAAAGGAAGCUUUUAAGAUGCGCAGCCUUAGGAAGGCCAAGGACCGAACUGUGGCCGAAGGUCAGGAAGCAGGCAGGGAGAUGGGAGUGGAUGUCAUUGCCCGGAGUCCAUCUCUAGUCCCCAUCCCUGAGCUCCACACUGAUGAGCUCAGUGAAACAGAACAGGAGGAAGCCAGAGCAGGGCAUGCUUCCCACGAAGGAGGGGAAAUCUUAACCCCUGAGCCUUUAAAGGUAACUUUUAAGCCUCAGGUGAGAGUAGAGGAUGAUGAAUCACUCUUAUUAGAUUUAAAACAGUCUUCAUAAGGAGGAAAUAAGUAAAAAGCCUCAACCAUGGAGUUUUAGUUUGCAUAGUGUAAUUAUUUGCAUUUAUUUAUAUGCAGUGUAGGAAAAUUAGUGAUAUGAGUGUUUCUACAUUUAACAUCUUAAAUAUCAUAUAAAUAUUACGUAUGUUUUCCUUGGGAAAAUGUAUUCUUUUUACUUUUCCUGAGCAUAUAUGAUAGUAGGUAGCAGUCUUUUCUUAUGAUGUCAUCCUCCCUCAUGGCAGCAUUGAGUUCUAGCAUCAUAGCUUUAUUAAUAGUGAGAAACUUCUUGGGCCACAUGCUUAUUCUCCUUACCCAAAGAAAUGGGGAGGGUUUGCUUGUCCUUCUCUUCUCAAAGGACUGUUGUGAAGACCAGAGGAAGUGUCACAGUUCUGGAAAAGCAAGAAGUACAUCCAGACAGAAACAAACCAUGCUGGGCUCUCAACCAUAGAACUGAAAUAAUUACAAUUUCUGAAGAGGCCCCCAGCGUCAGGCAGUGAAGGCCUAGGUUGAACAGAAAUUAAAAUCAGUUUUCUUAAAUCUUUCCAUAGAAGCAAGAAUAUAAAAUAAAUGUUUGACAAUCUUUUCAUCAAAGAUUACAGCCAAACUUUAGGUUUUAGAUGUGUCUUAAAAUGUUUCUUGGAAAAUCCUUUUCUAAUUUUCUUUUGCUUUUAGAUUUGUGGUGGACUAUGGCAACUUUUGUAGCAUGAGGCAUACGACUGGCUCCAUUAUAAAGUGGCUUUCUUUCUUUCUUUACUACCCCCCUUUCUUUCUUUCUUUCUUUUUUUAAAUUGGUGGUUGGACACAAGUCCUUCCACAUUGAGCUUCAUAUAUCCUCAGCCCAUUUUGAGGUAGGCUGUCUCUUAAUAAGUUGCCCAGGCCAACCUUGAACUCCUGUCCCUUCUGCUUCAGCCUCCCAUGUAGCUGGGAUUGAGUGUGCCACCAUGCCUGGCUGUAAAGAGGCCUUUCUAAAGUCUUCUGUGCUGCAGCAGGUUUGGAAAUGACCUCCAGCAUUGCUGUUUUCCAGGCUGAAGCCUUCAUGGCCUAGCUGUACAAUACAGUGUGUAUAGGUGUUCAUCAUAGCUGCUUUAAGGGAGCCAGAUUCCACUUAGCUGUUAGCUUUUAGAUAGGAAUUAGAUUUAUUCCAAA